GAGACGGCGGGUGGUGACCCUCGGCUUCCGCCCUCGGAGGUUGCUCUGUGAUUGACAGAUCGCCACCGCGAAAGGUAUUUCCGGUCUCGGUUUCCGGUGGAGAGAGAGAGAGAGAGACCCACGUGGUUCGGAAGAUGGCACCGGGAGGAAAGAUCGACAGAAUCAACCGGCUCCGGAGCGAAUUGCAAGGAAAUAUUCUCAAAAGACGGAGGCUUUUGAAGAAGGAGAAGAAGAAAAAGCGUGUUAUUGUGGGUGCAGUGAUUGACAAGGGACUGAUCACUUCUCAUCACCUGAAGAAGAGAUGCUCGAGUAAGAGGGCAAAUAUCACACUGUCAGGGAAGAAAAAGAGAAAGUUACAGAAGCAGAUUCGGCACAGUCAGAGGGAGCAAUUAGCCAUGGAUGUUGAACCUGCCACAUCGAAGUGGAUCAGACCAUCAGCCAGCAUGGAGGUGGGGAAGACAGGAAGCAAAGUGGUGACUGUGGAAAUGAAAGAUGAAGAAAUGGUGGAGUAGUGUGGUUGAAACGAACAAGGGAAAUGAUACAGAAAGUGCCUGCUUUGUAUGGCAGUUGCUACAGUGCAGAGCUCAGGCAGGGUUCGGUGAUGAUCCUGAAAACCCUUCAUGAUGUAUUGUCAGUGUGACUGCUGCCUGGCUGCUUAGAGCUCUACGGUCUGAAUUUGUCAAAUGACUAUUUAUCAAAUGCAUACAGAGUACCAACUACUGCAACUGGGCAUAAAGACCAUUCAUUGAUGACAAAUAAUCACUUAUUCCAUUAUUGCUGUUUACACUGAGUAAUACAGAACUUAACAUCACUGAAAGCAGAUGUUUCUGCAACUUAUCACCUGGCAUUUGAAACAAACACAAGAACACUUGAGACAAAUACAAACAGUUACAACACUGUAUGAGUAAAAAAUAGGGGUGCUGACUCCAACUGGCUGAGCAGUUGCUAUGAAGAAACAAUAAGCUGCCCAAGCUCCUGGCUAUUAUUUUAUACCUUUUUUAUAUAAGGCUUGACUGUAUUAUUUACAUAGAAUGGAUCAGUAGAAUAAAUCCUACAAAGUUGUCUGGCAAA